AUGGUGUCGUAUGAUCUCCUUUGGCAGAAGUUAAGGAAUAAAACGGAGCUUCCAGAGGAGUUAAUUGGUGUUUUUGAGUAUUGGUAUGGCCACCAGAUUAAUUCGGUGAGGUGGAAUAAUGUGUUCUCUGAACCGUACGGGUUGGAGUGCGGAGUGAGACAGGGGGGGUUGACGUCUCCUCGGCUCUUUAAAUUUUAUGUGGAUGAGCUGAUUGGUGGGCUCAAUAGAACUGGUGUCGGCUGCUCCAUUGACGGUAAAUUUGUCAACAACUUAAGUUACGCGGACGACAUGGUUUUGUUGGCUCCGUCAAUCAGUGCAUUACGAAAGCUCUUAGAAAAAUGUGAAGAUUUUGCCGUGGCCCACGGGCUCAGAUAUAAUGUAAAGAAGAGUAACCUUUUAGUGUUUCAAUCGCGUGGUUUUAAAGUUGACUCAGUCCCGCCGGUGUUUCUCGACAAUACACCAUUACAGAGGGUCUCUCAAUACAAGUAUCUGGGCCACUGGGUCACGGACGAACUCGUGGAUGACGCCGACAUUAAGAGGGAGAGGAGGGCGCUGGCCGUCAGGGGUAACAUGCUGGCCCGUAGGUUUGCACGCUGCUCUCGCGAAGUAAAGGUGAGUUUGUUUAAAGCGUUCUGCCAGUCCUUUUACACGUGCAGCCUAUGGGUUAGCUACACUCAGAGGGCGAUCAAUACCCUCCGGGUUCAGUAUAAUAAUAUGUUUAGGAUGUUGCUGGGGUUGCCGAGAUACUGCAGUGCGUCAGGAAUGUUUGCGGAGGCGCGCACUGACGGAUUCAACGCAAUCAUGCGAAAAAGAGCGGCAUCCAUGAUGCGCCGUGUCCGGCAAUCGUCCAGCAGCAUCCUAGCUGUCUUCGUAGACAAAUGGGAAAGCAAUGUCUUGAGACAUUGGAUUAAAAUCCAUGUCUCAAGCACAUUAUGA